AUGGGUUUCAACGAGGAGCAGCCAAUGAGCGGCCAAGGCCAAACCUCGGAUCACUCUCUUCUGCUCGGCCCCUCAACCACCUCCGCUUCCUCCUCCCACCCUCCGCUUCCCACGCCAUACCCUUCUACUGCUGCUGCUGCUGCUGGUGGUCCCAAUGGUGCCGCUGCUGCCCCCCCUCCGCCUUUCCCAUUCCCCCCGCCUCUCUCCCCCUCCGCGCCGUUCUUCCAAAUGCCUCCCCCCGCGCCUUCGUUCCUCCCGUUCUCCCUCUCCCUCCCAUUCACCUCCCUCCUCUCUCCCUCGCACCAAAUCGGCCCCAUGGGCACGCGAGUGCUCUUCUCCCGCUCGCCCACGCUCCUCCACUUCACCAUCCCUCCCCAGCACUUCUCCCUCAAAGCGCUUCCCGAAAUCAUAUUCGCCCUGUUCUGGACGGCCUUUGUGGCCUUCUGGACAUGCACAGCAGCAUCCUCUGGAGCUCCUGUCUUCUUCAUUCUCUUCUCCAUUCCCUUCUGGGCUGUCGGCAUUGGCCUGCUUGCCCACGUGCUACUGCGGCACAUCAUGGACGAAACAGUGACUGUGGACCCCGCCACGUGUCAGCUGACCAUUCGUCGAGCGGUGAACGGGCAGAAUCUACCGUACUUUGGCCUGUCCACCACGCACACUGCUCUCAUCCACGGCGCAGGAGUCAACUACACCAUGCAGGUAUUGUUUUGA